AUGGGCGCGACGCCUGGCGAUGGCUCUAAAAAUGCCGAGAGUAGCCGCCGCCGCAGUAAUACAAAGACCAAUGACAAUGGGGGAGUGGUGCCUGCACCUCCGUCGAGUUCCUCACCAACACCUCCUCCUUCAGCAUCCUCCUCCUCCUCCUCCUCCUUCCCCACGGAACCGGCAACGACAACCAAAACGGAGGUGUCAUUGUCAUCACCGAGCCGUCGGCUUGCUCUUUUUGGUAGUCGCGCGCUCGCUGCCGGCAGCAAAGGCCGUUUACCGUCUUCUAGCUCUUCCUUUAAUAACACGGCUUCUUCUUCGUCUUCCUUGCGUGCGCAGCAGCAGCAAGGUGUGACGGCGUUUGGUUCUCUUCGUAGGGAUCUUGCGGCGCACAUUCGCCCGAGCAGUGAUUUGUCGUCGCAGGGGAAAUAUCUUGUCGUUGGUGACGGCAUGAUGGCGCCGUUCAUGGCACUUUGUCUGCGCGUCCACGGCUUGGACUGCGACCUUGCCCACCACUUGAGCAACAACGACAUGGACCGCGGCACCAUUGUGCUCACCCCUUCUGUCACGCAGGUUAUGGGCGACGUGCUGAACGUCUCUGUUCCAAGCGGGAGCGUAGUUGGUCGUAUCUUGACAUUUGACCACGUUGGGAAUGACAUGUGCGACGUGGAUUUGAAUGAAUUUCGCGAGAAGGGUGAGAGCCCGACGUUUUUCUGCUGCGAUCGACUCAAGUUGGAGCGGGCGCUGCUGUCUUUGUGCGAGGUCGGUUCUCACAGCUGCCACGUGUUGCCAAAGCCGCACAUUGACAAGGGCGGCCUUGAACCGCUUGAGAAUGGCGGCGUACGCGUGCGGUUUGCAAGCGGCAUGCAGCAGGAUUACCUUGGCGUCAUCUGCACGAGCCGCAGCCAAGAGCUUGUGCCGGAGCUCACGUUCACGAAUGAGGAGUUGCAGCAGCGGGCGGAAAAUGCGGAGAAAUUCAGGGAGAGCCUUGCGAAGGCGGUGCGGUGGAUGGAGUUGUGUGUACCUCCGCUGCCGGAGCUGGGGAGGUUUGAAAAGCGCUUCACGCCGGGGUCGCAGGAAAUCGUUGAGCUGCUCACCCCGCGCGAUGCCAAAAUGACAGUGCGACCUACGAUGAUGGCGACGAAGUUGUUUUACAACGUCACCAUCACCAUCCCGGACGGCACAACAGACCCACGACUGAAGAGCACCAGCACGAAGCAGUUCUGGGAUGAUGUCGUCAUGCACUGGACCUCCGGGGUGCCUGGGUAUAUUCCCCACACAAUGUUCCGACCCAUGAUGACGCACAUGCAGCAGCAUUUUACGAAGAGUAGUGUAUUGGUGUACCGUACCCCGCUUUUUCUCAUGCCACACUGGUCAGAGGGUGGCGGCCGCGUCAUAAAGAUUGCACACGCCGCGCAUGGCUCUGCAUUUGACGCAAUUGACGUGGGGGAUGCACAGGGGUUCACCGACUGCUUUGGCCUUGCACGCACAGUGGCGGGGGGCGACGAUGUGCAGCAGUUCCUUCGCGAGCGGCGACUACAAGUCAUGGAGGAACUUGACUACCACGCACUGCUGCUGAAUUACGGCGUGAAGGAGAGAGGACAGUUGGCAUACAUGUCAUCUCGCUUUGCCAUGAAAAUUUUGCGACGGUACAAGAAGAGCUGGCGCAGCAUUUUGCAAAACUACGUGACGCUGAUGCCGAAGGUGGCGAAGUAA